AUGUCACAAGCGAAACACAAAAUGAUGCAAAUAGAAAUUGAGUUGCUUGUUAUUCAAUUGGUUUCUCGAAACAACAAACCGUUUCUUACACCUCCACCCUUGCCUUUACGUCGAGACAUUUGCCGCUUAGUGCCAAGAGUUAAUAUCUGCACUUUUUUGCCCAUUUAUAAAAAACCACCCUUUCCUGCCAUCGUCAACAGCCAAAAAUAUGAACUGAUCAAAAAUUACAGCAAAAAAACAACUUCUUUGUCCACCCUUAGAGCAACGACGUUUGGUUGCUGGGAGGAAAAAAAUAAAAAUUAUUUAAUGUUGAUUUCUAACUGGGUGAUUGACUCAAAUGGAAUCUAUAAAAUUGAACAGAAAAGAAAUAUGGACGCAAAAUCAACGAAACCAUUAAUAAUUAAUACAAUCAUCUGUCGUAUUUUCUUUGAGAUUACUAGCAACAUCGCCCUGAAUAUUAUGCAAACAAACUUUUUUCCUUUUGAUUUUCCAUUUCAACAAACAACAAAACUCCCGAGGAAAAUCAUAAGAGAGUGUGCAAAAGUCAGGAGAUGGAAAAUUGCAAAUGAAGCGUUGAGUUAUUUUCUUAUUCUAGUAUUUGAAACAUUAAAUGCAGUGCAGCAUAAUUAUUAA